CCAGUGACCCGCAGGAGCAGCACAGGUGUGCACGCGCACGACAUUCGUGAGCCUUUUUUUCGUGUGUGUGGACCAACACUAACACUUUUAGUAGUGAUUACUACUUUUUUUUUUUUUUUUACGUUCUUUAUCCUGUGUUGCUUUUGCUUUUUUUUUUUUUUUUUUUUUUUUUUUUUUAAAUCCACUACCUUGUGUGUCGAAGAGGUCUGAACAAGGAACUUGGAGAGGUUGUAAUGAUUGUUUGAUUCGGUGCACGCGAGAUUGAAUCUGUUUUCAAGCACGCAUUGGAACUGCUUGAAUAGAGUUGACGAGAAAAAGGAUUCCACCAUGGACCGCAUGUUUGAGAAUCUUGCUAAAACUGAGUUCAUCAGCGUCUUUGUCGGAAACCCGAGGCUCCAAAAACGUGACCUCUGGCACACGCAUGUUGAUUAUGAAAUCUGUCUACACACGAAUAGCAUGUGUUUUCGCAAGAAAGCGUCAAUAGUGCGACGACGUUACAGGGAAUUUGUUUGGCUCCGACGUUGUCUGGAACAAAACGCUUUAAUCAUAGACAUCCCCAAAUUGCCGCCCUGGAACCCUUUCUUCAGCAUGAGAAACGCAGAGCAGCUCAGACAAAGGAUGAAGGGUCUGCAGAGGUUUUUAGAAAUUGUCCUUCACAUGCCGUUGUUGUUGUCAGACAGUCGACUCCACCUGUUCCUUCAGUCUAAGCUCAGCACUAAAAGGAUGCAGAAGUGUGCUCUCGGCAAGACCAGGUACACGGUGGCUGAAGCCAUCCAGUGCUUCGACGGCGGCUACGUCACCACGUUGGAAGAUAAAGACUCAUGUGACUCCGACUGUGAGAGCUUCUCUUCGUCGGGCUUGGGCUUAAGUGUGGACAGCACCAUUCACGGAAGUUCCCUCAACUUGGAGUCGUCCGACAGAGAUGCCGAACUGUGCAGUUGCGAUUCAGUCGCCCACAAAACAACUCUGUGAACCUUUGAGCUUCAACACCGGUGGACAUGUCAAUUCCUUCAGCGGCCUCCAAAAAUCCACCCCCCUCCCCCUGUUAUAUAACAUGCUUAUUUAAAAAAAUAUAUAUAUAUAACAGGCUAGGUACAGUAAUGGCAGUUAUUUGAGUUUGUACUAAAAGAAUAUUUUGUUUUUUAAGGAAUGUACAGUAAAUCUAAAUUUAUUAAUUCUUAAUUGUAUCCUAUGUAUAUUUUUAUCAGCGCAAGUUAGUUGGUUAUUUUUUUUUUUUCUUGGUAAUUGCAGAGGUUUUGUUUUAGAGGGGAAAAACCCACGAGUACUUUUAUGC